GCUUCCGAACCUGCGGGGAGCGACGAAACCCGUGUCGCUCGCUCUUCACGUCACGCUCGGCUUGCGUCCUGCUGCUUCCGGGUCAGAGGCCAGACGGUCCGGCGCGGCGUGGGCCAUGGUGCAGCUUCGGCCGCGCGCGUCCAGGACCCCGGCGUCGGCGUCGGCGAUGGUGGACGAGGGCCAGCCCGCGUCGGAGGAGGAGGCGGAGCACGGGCUGUUGCUCGGGCAGCCCAGCAGCGGCGCGGCCGCCGAGCCGCUGGAGGAAGACGACGACGGGGACGACGAGUUGGACGACGAGGCCCCGGAGGAACUGACUUUCGCCAGCGCCCAGGCGGAGGCGAGAGAAGAGGAGCGGCGAGUUCGGGAGACCGUGCGCAGGGAUAAAACACUGCUGAAGGAGAAGAGGAAGCGACGCGAGGAGCUGUUCAUCGAACAGAAGAAAAGGAAACUCCUUCCAGACACCAUUCUAGAGAAGUUAACUACAGCUUCACAGACAAACUUAAAGAAAUCACCAGAAAAGUUAAAAAAAGUUAACUUGCAGAAGAAAAAUGAAGACUGUGAAAAAGAAAGUGACUCCAAGAAAGCUAAAGAGAAAAUACAGAAAGUACAGUCUAUUGGCCAAAAUAAAAGCUACUUGGCUCUAAGGCUAAAAGAUCAAGAUCUGAGAGAUUCAAGGCAACAAGCAGCCAGAGCCUUCAUACAAAAUUCGUUGUAUGGUCCAGGAACCAACAGAACUACUGUAAAUAAGUUCCUGUCUCUUGACAAUAAGAGGUUACCAGUGAAAAAAGCUGCAGCCCAGUUUUUAAAUAGUGGUUGGGGAACCCAGAAAAAACAAAAUGCCAAGAGGUUUAAAAGACGGUGGAUGGUCAGAAAGAUGAAAACUUCUAAGUAAAUCAAAGCUAAAUGAAGAAUGAGAACUUUCUAUGUAUGGAACUUAUUUAGUUUAGAAGAUUAAUUUGUCUUAAAAUCUAAUAAAUCAUUUAUAAGUCUUGUAAAAGGAU